GGAACACGUAUCCCUACUGAUAUGCGUUCCCCUACCUGGGAAACACAUAUCCCUAGUGAUAUUUUAUUCCUUACCUGUGAAACUUGUAUACCUAGUGAUAUAUGUUCUCCUAGCUGGGAAACACAUAUCCCUAAUGAUGUGUGUUUCCUUACCUGGGAAACAUGUAUCCGCAGUUAUAUAUGUUCUCCUACCUGGGAAAUACGUAUUCAUGGUGAUAUGUGUUCCCCCACCUGGGAAACACGUAUCCCUAGUGAUCUCUGUUCCCCUACCUGGGAAAUACAUAUCCCUAGUUAUAUGUGUUCCCCCACCUGGGAAACACAUAUCCGUAGUGAAAUGCGUUCUUCCACCUGGGAAACAGAUAUCCCUAAUGAUAUGGGUUCCCUACCUGCGAAACACCUAUCCCCAGUGAUAUAUGUUCCCCUACCUGGGAACACAUAUCCCUAGUGAUGUGUGUUCCCCCACUUGGGAAACAUAUGCCAGCUACUUUCUGCUACUUAAAACCUUUUUGACAAAUCUUCUCUUCAUUUUUUAGUUCUUGUUUCAUUUUUCGCGCGAUCAAAACCGAGAAUCCUCCUCCACAAUCCCUUUUUUCUCCAAAACCAAGUGGAAUCGCUUGCUACGCAGGCUUAUCACGGUGAGAAUCUAAUGUUGAAUAGUAUUUCUAUAAAACACCUAUACUGAAAAUAAUAUGAACUGGAAACGAAAGCUAUGCAGCAAAGGAUUUUACUAUCAAAUUUUGGGGGCCGUUACUGUACUUAAAUUUCUCCAGAUGCUAGCUUUAGAUUUUCCAUAUAUUUGUCUGCAAUUUUUCGUGGGAAAAUUUUACAGGCAAAUGUAUAGAAAAUGUUAAAAAGUGGUUCUAGCGCAUGUAGCUGCAUGUAACGACCUCACAUCUUUUAACUAGAAUCAUUAGGAGUGAUGCUUUAGUUUACAAUUCAUAUUUUUUCAGAACAGCCAUUUUACGGAAAGUUUAUUCGACAUUAGAUUCUCAUACAAACACUGUAAUGUCUCACACAGUUGCCUACUCGUCAAAACCAUGAUAAGGCCUAUAAUCAAAAUAUAUGAUCCAACAUCAUAUUCUAAGCAAUGAUGACAUGAUUCACACCUAUUUAAACAGGAUGACUAGGAUGAAUUGAACAACUACAAUGACUGGGGUAACUGGAAUGAUGAGGAUAACUGUUAUUACUGGGAUGACUGUGAUGACUUUGAUGGCUAGGGUGACUGAUAACAAGAAUGACUAGGAUAAAAUGACUGGGACAACUGGGAUGACACUAAGGAUAACUUAGAUGACUAGGAUGACUGGGAUGACUAGGAUGACUAGGAUGACUGGGAUGAUCAGGGAUUACUGGUGUGAAUUGGUUGGUUAGGAUGACUGGGAUGACUGUGAUGAAUGAGAUGUAUGUAGGGUGCUUUUGUCAGUGUAAAACCAUUUUUUAAACAAGAUAGUAGCUUGGUGGUGUAAUAAAUGACAACCAGUUUAUGAUUUUUUCAACUUCCUGCCAUGUCAUUUCAUAAACAUAAGCUUACACCGCAACCUCUUUUUAAUCAAGAAACCUGAAAAAGAUUUGGGCUUUAACGAUGUGGGGAGGGGGAUUUGGAAAACUGUGCAUAGCUGUUUCUCCAAAAACCCUUGCUAUACCCCUGUGUCUUACUGCUGAAGGGUAUUAAUGUUUGCUAUCAUACUUGAGACAAGAGUUAAUUCUCUACCAUAGAGUUAAUGGUUUAAGAACAGCAUUGUGAGAUUUGGUCAUUAGACAUAAAGCAGAUAUUAUAAUGUGAUAUCCAAACAUCUAUAAGUGGGUUUAAGAAAUGAGUGACAGCCAUUAGUUUUUAAGCUAUUUUUGCCAUUGAAUGGAACGUUAUCAGUCCUGACAUUAUUUCAAAUCACCAUUUGUCAAGCUCAUUUAUUGUUUCCACUUCUUAAGUCUAAAUGGUUGAUUUUCUCCAUCUAGGAAAUGUUACUAUACUUUAUUCAUGUUCAUAAGGUGUUUUUUAUGGAUUGCAAGGAGUAUUGAGAUUUAUAGCAAGAAGUGGCGAUCUUAUCAUCACCAGUUUAUGUGUUGAUAAAAAUGGUUUGUUUAAUUGUUUUUCAGGCUGAAAAAAGACAACAAAUGAGGCAAGCUGGUCAGAGAUUGAUAUUUAAAUGGACUGCAUUCUUUAGAGGAGAGUCUGGAUUUAGAGGACAACAGCAUCACAGUCUAGGAAUUACAACUGGUUUGGUACGUAGG